AUGCACUCCGGGAGCGGGCUGGGUCGGGCCGAACGGCUGGAGCCCGGCCUUAGCCGCGAGGGGCUUCGAGGGCUGUGUCCUUGCGCCAGCAACCGGGUGAGGGGAGGCGGGAGGGCGCGGUGCCUGUAUUGUGGCCAUGUCUGUGUACGCAGGCUGUAGUGGCCCUCCGAACCUGUGCCCUCAGGCCGGGCCCAGCCGGACACCGGUACCCCCACUGGGUUCCGGCAGAGGGCAGUGACCGGCACUCUCUGUGCGUCUUGGGCCCCCCUGAGAAACAGGAAGGCUAGGCCUCUUCUGGGGACCCUCAGCCAACUGGCCCGCAGCCGGGGAAUACAAAAAGCAAGCCCUGGAACCUAUGCUUUGGCAGGAAGGGCAAUGUCGAGUACGAGACUGUGGCCAGGAGAGCCCAAAGGAUGGCUGCUGACAUGCAGAGGAAGAGAAGCAGUGAAUAUCCUGAUGACAUAUUGGCUCCUUCUGAUGGACAGAAUGUGGAAAGAGCUGAGAGCCCCACACCAGGACUGGCCCAGGGAAUGGAGCCAGGUGCUGGGCAGGAGGGUGCCAUGUUUAUCCAUGCCCGUUCCUACGAGGACCUGACUGAGUCAGAGGAUGGGGCAGCUUCUGGGGACAGCCCCAAGGAGCAUGCUGGAGGUCCCCCACCGUUGUCUACAGACAUGCGACAGAUCAGCCAGGACUUCAGCGAGCUAAGCACCCAGCUGACAGGUGUGGCCCGGGACCUGCAGGAGGAGAUGCUGCCAGGAAGCUCUGAGGACUGGCUGGAACCCCCAGGGGCAGUUGGGCGACCAGCCACAGAGCCUCCGAGGGAGGGAACAGCUGAGGGAAAUGAGGAGGACACCACGGAGGCAUGGCGCCUGCACCAGAAGCAUGUCUUCGUGCUGAGUGAGGCAGGGAAGCCUGUGUACUCCCGUUAUGGGUCUGAGGAGGCACUUUCCAGCACUAUGGGUGUCAUGGUUGCUCUGGUGUCCUUCCUGGAGGCAGACAAGAACGCCAUCCGCUCCAUCCAUGCAGAUGGCUACAAGGUAGUAUUCGUGCGCCGGAGCCCACUGGUGCUGGUGGCAGUGGCGCGCACGCGGCAGUCAGCCCAGGAGCUGGCACAGGAGCUACUCUACAUCUACUACCAGAUCCUGAGCCUUCUUACUGGUGCACAGCUGAGCCACAUAUUCCAGCAGAAGCAGAACUAUGACUUGCGGCGCCUGCUGUCAGGCUCUGAGCGCAUCACUGACAACCUGCUACAGCUCAUGGCACGAGAUCCCAGCUUCCUGAUGGGGGCAGCCAGGUGCCUGCCCCUGGCUGCAGCCGUGCGUGAUGCUGUGAGUACUAGCCUGCAGCAGGCACGUGCGCGCAGCCUGGUCUUCUCCAUCCUACUGGCCCGCAACCAGCUCGUGGCACUUGUGCGCCGCAAGGACCAAUUCCUGCACCCCAUUGAUCUGCACCUGCUCUUCAACCUCAUUAGUUCCUCCUCUUCCUUUCGUGAGGGCGAGGCCUGGACUCCUGUGUGCCUGCCCAAGUUCAAUGCAGCUGGUUUCUUCCAUGCACACAUCUCUUAUCUGGAACCUGACACCGACCUCUGCCUGCUGCUCGUCUCUACUGACCGUGAGGACUUCUUUGCUGUCUCUGACUGCCGCCGCCGCUUCCAAGAACGCCUUCGCAAGCGCGGAGCCCACCUGGCACUGCGAGAGGCACUGCGCACGCCCUACUAUAGUGUCGCCCAAGUAGGCAUCCCUGACCUUCGCCACUUCCUCUAUAAGUCAAAGAGCUCUGGACUCUUCACCAGCCCUGAGAUUGAGGCCCCGUAUACCAGUGAAGAGGAGCAGGAACGGCUGCUGGGCCUCUACCAGUACCUGCAUAGCCGUGCCCACAAUGCCUCCCGCCCACUCAAGACCAUUUACUACACAGGCCCCAACGAGAAUCUCCUAGCCUGGGUGACAGGUGCCUUUGAGCUCUACAUGUGCUACAGCCCCUUGGGGACCAAGGCAUCAGCCGUCAAUGCCAUCCAUAAGCUGAUGCGCUGGAUUCGCAAAGAGGAAGACCGCCUCUUCAUUCUCACACCCCUCACCUAUUGAUGGAAAUGUGGGUGGGCUUAGCCCUCCUAGGCCUACUGGGCAAGGGAAGCCAUGGGAGCCUCCAGGUGGGGCAGGCCCCUCUUGCUCAGCCAGCAGGCAAGGACUGUGGGUUGGUGUGAGCAUUAAAGUGCUUUGGAGAAGACA